AUGGAAGGGAUUGAGACUGUGGAUGUCAGCUGGCUGCAUCACUCGCAAAAAGACCAUCUGUCGCGCUGUAAAUCGGCAUCAUCAGUGGUUAGCGAUAAGUCUGUCGCGGAUCCAGAUGUCACAUAUGCCCAAGAACGAAGUCUCGAAAAACCAAGCACUACCGAUAAUAACUCUUCAGCAUCAGCCCCCCUCACUCCUACCAUAUCUAAGAGUUCGUCACAAGAAGAUGGUGCGAAGGCCACGAAGGAGGUGAAAAAUGAAGACAAGUCAGUGGAGGGAAAGCCUACUGGCACAUCGCCAGCUACUCCGAAAACCGCGCCUAGGCCGGUCACCGGACGAAGGAACUCUUGGAUAUCGACCCUGAGCUCCAAGUUUUCCUCUGGUUCUACUCCACCGUCGCAGUCGAAUGUGAAGGCACAGCAGAGCCCGAAGGCGACCUCUCCUGUUUCGAAAAUGGACAUGCACAAUCCUUUCGGUGCGGCAUAUUCUCCAAAGGACAAGGAAGAAGAGAGGACGAAUGAGAAUAGCCCUUUCGCCUCAACAUCUCCCAAAGGUCCUUCGUUCCUUCAGAGCGCCUUCCGGAAACUUUCGUCAUCCGCAUCUGGUGGUACUGGUAAAGCCGCUUCUACUGGUACGAUCUGCCAACGUCGCGUAAUGAACAUCGAUCCGGAUCGAGAUAGGUGCAAGAUCCCGGAUCUGAAUCCUGCCAAAUUGCGCCGUGUCGCUUUUUGUGUGGAUGUGGAGAUCGCUGGGAUAUCCUACCGAGAUUCGGAUGAAGACAGCCCACCAGCAAGUAGUAGGCGACGUCCUGUCCCAGAGGUUAACAACCAAAAGUCCAAACGAUCGCAUAUCAAGUCGAAAGAGAAGGAGGAAGCUGCCGCGUUAAAGAAUCCCCAGGCUGUGGUUUCUUCCAAGGACAAGAGUAGCCCAACAAACGGGGCGGAUGGGAAGACUUCUGGAUCAACAGACACACCGCCAGCUGAAGCGAAUGCCAAUGGCGAGACGAAAGAGCCAACACGAAAGCAGGAAAAGAAGAAGAGGUCAGAAGAAGAAAGACGUGAGCGGAGGGAAAGAAGACGCAGACAGGCAGAAGCAAAUGGCUCCAUACCCAUGCAACUCACAGCCGACGGCCAGGAAUAUGGUUGCCGAACGCCUGCAUCUAAUACGAGCCGUACUAAGACACAGAGUCAUCCAACGACAGAUCCUGUGCGGAUAUAUAGACGCUGUUGUCAACUGCGCGAGACACCUGUGCUCAAGCGUAUAGUUGACGAGAUCUCAUCACCUUCCUCCACGUUAGCCGAGUCUCCAGGAACCGUGGCCGUGCUUGACCUCAGCGACUUCCCUAUGACGGCCGAGGAUAUUGCUACUUUCUGCGAUUGGCUCGCUGUUGUACCCGUUCGAAAGCUCAUCAUUGAAAGAUGUGCUCUGACUGACGACUCGGUGCGAUCUAUUCUCGCUGCACUACUUUCAACUAGAACCGUGGAACAGAUGAUGCAGCGGCGUAGAAAGGGAAAGAAGGCAGAGGAGGUGACUUCGGAGAAAGAACAGCGGUUCAGCGUCGUUGAGAAGGUGUCGCUGAAAGAUAACCCCAAAAUCGGACCAGAAGGCUGGCGUCAUAUCUGCCUAUUUGUCCACCUAUCAAAAUCCUUGAAGGCGAUCGACUUGUCUGGCAUUCCUCUUCCCAAGACACCCAUUACUGUCAACUGCUCCAACAAAGGAGCCUCGCAAACCCAGAACGUCACCAACGUAGCGACUCUCUUCGCGACUUCGCUCGCACAACGCUUUGGCGGGGACCACUUGGAAGAAUUGCUGCUGAGCGAAUGCCGACCUACGACCGAAGAUGUGAAGAAAAUAUGUGAUGCAGCCACAACCCUUGGCUUGAGGAGACUUGGCUUUGCCAAUAACGAGCUGAGCAGGGAAGGUCUGGAGCACAUUGUUGAUUAUCUCAAGGCAGGGAAAUGCGAGGGGCUAGAUCUGGGUGGAAAUCCCAUCCAAGACCAGUUGGACUUGAUCAUAUCUUCUUUCACGGGAGACCACCCGCUGUAUGCUCUUAGCUUGGCUGACUGUUCACUUACGCCUUCUACCGUCUACCCCUUGUUCCAAGGAUUGACAAAAUUGCCGGACCUUCGUUUUGUUGAUUUCUCCCACAAUCCAGGUCUUUUCACUAUGCAGCCCGAUGCGCUAGCAACCUUCCGGCGUUUUCUUCCCAAAAUGCCUGCUCUCAAACGCAUCCAUUUGGCCGACGUCAACUUGUCUCCUGACCAAACCAUUGCUCUGGCCGAGGUCCUCCCCGAAUGUCCCAGCUUAUGCCACUUGAACAUUCUCGAAAACCCAGCCAUUACGGCAUUGGCAUCUGCGACGGAUCCCGCCAAUCAAGAAGAGGCAUGUGCUGUGUAUGCAUCCUUGAUGGCGGCAGUGCGUGUUUCCAGAACGAUCAUAGCCGUGGAGAUAGAAGUCCCUACUGCCGAAAACAACGAGGUUGUGAAGGCUUUGGCUUCCCAGAUAGUCGCCUACUCCCUCAAGAAUCUGGAGCAAGGUGCCAUUGCAGCAGAGUUUUCCGAUCCAACAGAUACACCCACGAGAUCAGCCGUCCAUGUUCCGGAGAUUUUGCAGCAUAUCGUCGGCCACGGUACUGGAGAUGAGGUGGAGGAAGUUGACGAGGCUGCACCUGAUGAGGACUAUGUCAUUGGAGGGACCGGCGUCGUCAAAGCUCUCGGUGUUUGCCUCGGUAACGUGGAUCGCCAUGUGCCAGGAGACCAGUCCGGACCCCCAAGUGGCACAACUACACCCAGGCAUAGGAAAUCCAGGUCUUAUGUCACUAAACGACCCCGUGACAUGUCUAAGAACCUCUUGGAGUCUGCACGUAAUAUCCGGACGCGAAUCCAGUCGGCCCUUGUUCGCGAAGAUAAGGCCGGCAAUGACACCAAUUACCGGCGUCUUCAAUUCCUUGACUUCACCUUACAGCGCAUGAUCCAGCGAUUUGAGGACGAAUAUCCUGAGACCCGCAUCAUACCCCAGUCCAUCCCAUCGUAUGCGAUCCAGGAUACUAGCUCACAGGGUUCUAACGACGACGCAUGGAACGGGCCCGUGUCUGAAAACACCCAGCUGAAUGGCACCUGCGCUGAUGCCGAGGCCGUGGCAGAUGACGAGGAGGAGCAAUAUGCCGUCCGACUAUCGCGGUCAAGCUCGAUUACGUCGCUUCAUUCACGCGCAAUGACCUCCGAGGAAGGCCAUGUUCACCGUCUCGGGCAGAACAUUCGGCGCGAUUUCCUCCGGCCUUCGUUCGAUCAGGCUGACGAUGAUAUGUCGGCAUUCUCAUUCGAAGAGUCCCAUAUGGCCGCUUUGCGUGAUAAACUUGAUCGUCUGCAGGAGGAACAAACCCACACACCUUUUGAGAGUGUGGAUGCGGACAAAGCGCUGGGAGAUCUGGGCAACACAGUGGAGGAGUUAUGGGCCGCUCGUAAGAACGAUGCGGAAACCUUUGAGAAGUUCCGGCAAAGCCAAAUCGCUGCGCAAUUCAACAGUGGCAAAAGGACAUCGUCUAGCAGGAGCCAUGGGAACGAAGAUACCGAAUCAGAUCAGCAGGCUUCUCUCUGA